CAGCUCACACUGCUUAUGACUGUUCACGGUAUCAUUAGUAACUUCCUGCAGUGUUUACAGAGCAGCCUGUGGGUACAGCAUGAGUUGGAGCCCUUCAUCGACUCCUCUGCAAAAGCCAGAUUAAAAAUAGGAAACACCAGCCAGAAAAAGAAUAAUGGAAAAUUGUACAGACACAAAUAAGAGCUCCAUUUGCACAGGAAUUCCCUACAAAGACAGCAAGACACUUCUGGUUGCUGUUUACAGCAUUGUUUUUGCCAUAGGCCUUCCAGCAAAUUGCUUAACUUCCCUGCUUACAUUCAUACAAAUCCAAAGGAAUAAAGUAAUUGCCAUCUACAUUUUCAGUUUAUCAUUGUCUGAGCUGACGUAUUUAAGUACCUUGCCUCUCUGGAUUCUCUAUGUGCAAGAUGAUCACCAGUGGACUAUGGGUGAAAAAGCUUGCAGAGUAACAGGAUUCAUCUUUUUCUGCAACAUAUACAUCAGCAUUCUGCUUUUGUGCUGCAUUUCUGUGGAUCGUUAUGUGGCACUGGUGUAUGCUCUGGAAUCAAGGGGGAGAAGAGGACAGAAAAAGGCAAUCAUAAUAGUGUUUUUUCUCUUUGCUGUGGUUACAAUAAUCUAUGUUCCAGUAUUUUACAUGGAAGAUAAUCCAGGUAGUAAGACCUGCUUUGAGACUUUGCCCCUUGACAUAAAACUGGCUUCUUUCAGCUUUGCUAGAUUCUUAUUUGGAUUUGCCAUACCUUUCACAAUCCUCAUUUUCACAAACUAUAAAAUUUUCCAAAGUACUAAAACAAGCAGCAGCUUGACUUGUCGGCAAAAAGCCAAAGUGAAGUAUCUGGCUAUUGCCAUCAUUAUCAUUUUCCUGAUGUGUUUUGCUCCCUACCAUGUGGUACUGAUAAUAAGAUCCAUAUACUUCAUGUUUCAUCAAAAUUGCUCAUGUCCAUUUGAAGAAGACAUCUAUUCAGUUUUUACAGUAUUUCUGUGUUUAGCCACUGCAAACAGCAUUGCUGAUCCAAUCAUCUAUGUGCUGGUUAGUGAAAACGUCAGAAAAGACUUUUAUAGGAGUCUGAGAAGAUGGAGAUUGAACUCAUCCAGGCUAAAUUCAUCCAUUAAUCACAAGAGCGACAGCAUAAAAUGGAAAAUGUCAAAAGAAUCACAGGAAGGAGGGGUAAGAGAAGAAAAAAACAAAGAAAUAACAGAUUCAUCUGACAUUCAGAAAACCUGCAAUAGUGGCAAAGACCAAGAAGGUGGAAGCUAGCAGUUAGCUCCUGGCACAAAUAAGUUGUUCCCAACACCAGCUGCAGGAUGCACACUGCAACACGCAACUUACAUGCUGAUGUCCGUAGGAAGUUUUGCCACAGCACAUAGACUAGCAGCUCCUUGAGGAUGCUAUGGAAGAGAUACUUCUUAUUUCUGCUUGUCUCCUACAAUAAGGUUUGCCCACCAGUAUCAUUGGUGAAAACAUUGCUUUGCUAAGGACAUGUGGAAUAAACAACAUAAUUUACUUUGACUCACACUGAAAUCUUAAAAACUUAUUUUGGGUCUGGUUCUUAUUCAUAUGAAUACAGAACCAGUUUUAUCUUCUCAGCUGGACCAAAAAAUAUACCUGCUGAGGAGAACAUGUAAGGCCCAUUUCUGUGGUUGAAAUGUUUAGUUCUUGAGGAGGUACAUAUUCAGAUUCUCGUACACAUACUCUGUUGUUAACGUUUGUGGUUAACCAGUGGAAAAUAUUAAAACUGAGGAAGUCUUUCAACAAGAGCCUUGAAAACAUUCCUAAUACUUCAGUAGGCAGCUUUAUCUACCUUGCACAUUCUGGGAAGAAUUAGAGGGCAAAACAGUGGCCUGGUAACACAGAACAACAGUACUUCUGUAUUAGUCAAGAUCCUGCACUGUCCUGAAAGUCUUAAAAUGUACAGUUCUAAUGCUUGAUAUUUUAUGAUUAGUAAACUUUUUGCAGUUAAAUCUAGAAUGCACAGAAGUACAUAGAAAAUUUUCACAUUUCUAAGUGGAGUCAGGGACUUUUUACGUCAGUUCCAAACAUUUGUUGAACUUGUGUUUCAUUUCUGCUUAAUCUUUCAUUUCUGGCUUCCCUUUUGGUAUUGAUCCAACUUUUGCUGUGUAGAAGUCUGCACAAGAGUUAAGUGCCUUACUGACAAGGAAGGGCUGGCAGCAUGGAGAACAGUCCCAUUGCCCCAGAGAGGGAACUCCCUCAAACACACUGCUGGUGCACACAUGACACUAUGCUGGGGCAGAUUGUGUUGUUGCUGCUGUCACUUUCACCAUGAAUAAAUUAUUGAUAGUAGUUUCCUGUGCCUUGAAACCACAAUUUAAAAAAUAGGAAUGAUACAAAACUGGCAAGAUCCAUCUAAACAGCUUCUUCAUAUUUUCAUGACAUCAAAGUAAAACAGACAAAAAUCAUGAAUCAAUUGCAUGUUUAUUUGAGUACAAGUUUGUAAAGUGUUUUACAGCAUCAUUCUAUCUGUAAUGUUUUAUUUCUGUAAUAUUUUAAAAUUCUUAUUAGUGUUCAAACUUCUGCAUUAAUAUUAACCAAUGUUAAUGUAAACAGAAUACUUGUUAAUAUGUUAAAAUUGUCAUAGAUAUUUCUAUAGAUUAUGCUUUAUUCUUAUACACUUUUGGGAAAAAGCAUUGUGCUAAAAUGGCAUUUCCUCCAGUUAUUAUAUUUAUGACAUGUUUAAUUUUUGCAUUAUUUAAUUACUCCUCUUGCAUCUACCUACGAAAUUCUUGUGUCCGCAGAUGUAGUUCACAUAAUAUUUACUAAGAGAUUGUUUCUUGGAAAAAUGUAAAAUUCUGCUGUGAUGCUAA